UAUUGAAUAUCUUCUGUUGACAGUUGUGUCUAAAGGAAGCUCAGAGAUUUUGUUUUUGCCAACUUGUGCUAGAAUUUAAUGUCCAAUGCGCUUGAUUUAGGACAUCUGCCCUUCAUUUUCAGUGGUUUUGUUUAAACAAAGAGAUGGAUGAAGAUGAACGACAGAGGAAAUUAGAAGCUGGGAGAGCUAAGCUUGCUAGUUUCAGACAGAAGCGGGCGAAAAGCAACAGUACGGGGGCGGCGAAAAAGACGCAGAAGAGGAAGGGCCAGACUGUCUCGCAGAAUGACAGUGCGACGCAAGAUUGUCACGUAAAGCCAGGUCCUCCAUCAACAAGUGACACAGAGCAGAGCAGGAAGAGCAACAAUGAGGAACUCCAAAAGCCAGAAAAAUCAGAUGUUCAGCAGAACCAGCAACAGAAGGAUCAGCUCCUGACCCCGGAGCAAAGCCAGUCUCCUGUGGAAGAGCUAAGAGAAGAGGAGCUACUUGCGCUUACUGGCCAAGACCAACUCAAGCAGUUACAGCAAGCUGUGGAGAAGCGUAAUGAAAUAAUUGCAAAGCUCAGCUCCAACCUGCAGGAGGCUCUGGCCAGUAGAGACCAGGUACAACUGGAGGCACAGUCACUUGCUGGACAAAUUCAAGCAUUACAGAGACAACUCCAGCAGACCAGCAUAGAGUUUCUGCGCAUCAAAAGUCACUCGGGGCCUGAUGUCCUUAUCACACAACAGCAGCCUCAGCAUGGCCCUUUCCCCCCAGAUGCAAACCUCAAUCAUAAGGAGGCACCAUCAGAGGGAUCAGGAACUGGAGGUCCUGGCUCCCAUUCAAGUGUUGAAGGCUCCAUCAUUGAUAGUGACACUGAGACAGACUCUGUUCUGCACAAACUGCAGACCGAACUGGAAGAAGAAAGGGAGAACAAUCAGCGCUUAUGUGCCGAACUAGCUGAGGAGAUGGAGAAACAUCAACAUGUGCUUUCUUUAUUAGAAAAGGAAAAGAGAGGUAGGGAAGAGGAGCAAAAAGAAAAGGAGGCACAGCUGCAAGACCUCCAGACCCAGUUGAGCCAAAUCCAAUCUCAGUGCCUUGAGAUUGAGCAGUAUAAAGAGGAGAAGGACAAACUAAACAGAGAAGUGCUGGAGCUGAGGAAAAGGCUUCAGGAGGAAGAAGAUUCAGAGAGAAGAUUCAGUGAGGAGGUAGCCAGCUCUACCCUUCAUCUCCAGAGUCUUGAGGACAAAAGAUUGAGACAGGAGGAGGAGAUGAAGCGGCUCAAAGAGGAAGUGGCGAGAGUCAGACAGUUGUUGGAGGAGAGGGAGAAAGAGCUGAAGUAUAGAGAGGAAGAGGUCAUAGGACUCAAAACUUAUAAGAAUCAGCAGAACCAAGCAAAAGCUGGAUUUAGCUGCGAUGAAAGGACUAGUAUAGAUAAGGCCAAUCUAGAAAGUGGGACUGAUCAGGAUAGUAUGAAUAGAUCAAUACCUGGGGAUCUUAUGAUGGAGCGCUACCUGUCUUCAAUUCCCGUUGCACACUCUCAGUCUUCAGUGGUCAGUGAAAGUUUUGAACGCUGCAGUCAGCUGGAUGUCUUGGCAGACUGCAGUUUUGAGCUGAACAGUGAAGUGUUGGGAGAUGAGCCUCUGUUGUCAAUUUCAAACCGUGCUGUCAAUGAAAACGACAACCUCCAUAACAUCUCUACCCCACAGUGCUUUGUCCCUGUGACUGAUAAUUCCAAUCCUCAGUCUGUCUCUCAGUGGCUUCACAACUCCGCAUCUGACAAUCUGGAAAUGAGUGAGCUGUCCGAGGAGCAGUGUGAGGAUGCAGAUCUGGAAAAAGAGCUGUUGAAUCAGCAGUGUGGGGAGCUCCGUGAGGAGCUGGCUCUCAAGGACAGGGACAUGAAUGUGUUGAGAGAGGAAAUCAUCAGGAGUGCUGAAGAGCUGGAAGAGGCCAGGAGCAGAUGGGCCCAAGUAACAGAAGAGCUCAGGCAGGCUCUCUGGGAACUUGAAGAGGAGAAGGAGAAGAGGAGACAUAUUGAGGAGGAGAUAAACUCUAAAGCUCAUGUACAAGAUGACUUGAAUAGUAAACACAGUGCCUUUAUAGAAGAAAGAGAAAUGUUCAUGGGAAAAGAAGCUGCUGAAACUCUCCUGCUAGUCUCUGAUGCCUCUCUAUCAGAGCAGGACAAUAAAAUGGUUUGGGGGCUGGAGGAGGAGGCUGCACUCUUGUCUCAGCAGAAAUUGCUAGUAUCAUCUCUGCAUGAGAUAAAUCAGAGUGGAGACUCUGCCAAACGGAGCCCAGUGCUCAGAUAUGACAACCAGCUGCAAGCACUACAGGCCCAUUGUGACCAUCUUAUGUCAGAGCUGGAGGAGACAAAAACAAAGCUUAAAACCACAUCAGACCAGCUAGGUCAAAGGUCUGUGGAGCUGGACAAAACAUUUAAGGAACUUGAAGCAACUCGUGCACAGGUUCUAAAUGUCCAAACCGAGGUGGAGAGGCUGCAGAAAGAGCUGGAGAAGAGCCAUGACAGUCUAGACAGGGCUGAGAAACAGGAGCAUGAGUUGGAAUCUCAGAUGUUCUGUCUGAGGCAAAAUCUGGCCAACCUGGAGGAGGCCCAGGCCCAGGCAGUGCAGGAGAGGGAGGAGCACAAGAGAAAGGAAGAAGAGAUGGAUGAGAGGAUUAAAAAAAUGGAGCAGGUCUUGGAGGAAGAACUUGAACAGUUUGAGAACCUGCUGAAAUCCAAGGAUGUUGAGUUGGCUGAAGAGAAGGAGAAAUGGGAGGAAGAGAGGCAGGAGAAGGAGAAGGAGCUCCUUGACAUAAGACACCUUAUGGAGGAGCAGCAGAGGGAAAGGGAAGCAGAGAUGAAGGCUCUUCUGGAGAAGCAAGUCUGGACUGUUGAGGAGACUAUGGAGAGGCUCAAGAAGUCACACCAACAGGAGAUAAAAGACCUGAUAGAGAAACAUCAACAAGAGAUUAUGGAGUUGAACAGCCACCUGGGGUCAGAGCUGCUGAAGCAGCAGGCCAUUAUGGAGGAGGAACAGAAGAGACAGAUCAGCCUCAUCAAGCAGGUGACUGAACGUGAGCAUGCAAGGAUGGUGUCAGAGCUGACUAUCAAGCACAGUGAGGAGCUUAGUCAGCUGAGGACAGAGCUGUCCCAGGAGCUGAGGGAGAGCAUGGAGGCCGCACACCAGGCUGAACUGCAGCAGGCACAGGCUCAAAAGGCCCUUGAGCUUGAAGCCUUGCGUUUGAGCCUGACCAGUGUUCACAAGUCCCAGCUGGAGCACUCCCAGCUUAACCUGCAGCAGGAGCAGGAGUCUGCUCUCACCAAUGUCCAGACCUCCCUGAGGGAAACCUUUGCCCUGGAGAGUGCACUCAUGCAAGCCCACCAUCAGUCAGAACUGGACCAGAUCAGACAGCAGAACCAGGAGCAGCAUGAGAGAUUGUGUGAGCUGCAUCAACGAGAAAUGGAUGAGUUGAAGCAGCAGUGGGAGACUCAUGUUGCUCAGGAGAAAGCCUCCUUGGAGGAUAAAGGAGCCAAAGAGAUGGAGGCACUAAGGUCACAAUUGCAGAAAGAGGCAGAAAUUAUCCAGUCAAACCUCCAGACAUCUCUAUCAGAGACCCAGAAAAGCAUAAUUAGCAUCCAGGCAGAACUCACCCAGACCAGCAAACUUCUUUCUGAAGCCCAGGCAGCUGUGUUACUGACCCAGUCAGAGCUGCAGGACUCACGAGCCAGGCUCGAGGAACUCCAGGCUGCUAAGGAGCAGAGCCAAAAACUGGAGGAGGAGCUAAAACAAGCCUGGGCUGACAGAGAUGCUGCUGCCCGUGCUUUGGAAGAGUUGGUUUCUAGUCAGAAGGCAGAGCUGCAGGAGAAAGAGCAGCGAGUACUCCACCUAGAGGAGAAGGAGCAGCAGCUGCAGCAUGAGAUUUUACACCUACAGGAGGAAAAGGAUUUGCUAAAACAGAGCUCAGAACAGGAAGUAGGUCAGCUGUGGACCCAGCUGGAGAGUAUGAGAACUAGUCGCCAAGAGUUGGGAGAGCUGAAGGAGCAGCUGCUUGUGCGUUCAUCUCGUGUUGAUGACAUCGAACGCCUAAAGACAGAGUUCAGCGAACAAAAACGAGUCAUCAAAGAGCAAAAUGAGGCUGAGCUGGAAAGCCUGAGGAGGUACUUUGAGCAGCAGUUGAGGGCAACAGAAGAGAGCCACAGAGAGGAAAUCACUCUGCUCCAGCUGAGGCUGGUAGAAGGGGCUUUAGAAGAAUCUGUGUUUAAAACCGCAAAUGUCAGUUCCAUAUCUCAAGGUCAGGCUGCAGAGGAAACGGAUGUUUGUUCCGAUACCACCGUCAAACCAGAGAAACAAAAGGAAUUUCUUGACAGUUUGUGCCUUCAGCUGGAGGAGAAACACACUAUGGAACUUGCCAACCUGCGAUCCUCUUUGGCUCUUUCCUUUAAAGAAGAGGUACAACAGGUGCGCUCAGAUCUCACUGACCAUUACUAUGAAGAGCUACAGGAGAUGAAGACUUGUCAUGCCCUGGAGCUAGAGCAAUUCCGAGCCAAACUUUCUGACAGUCACUUACAAGAGCUUACCAGGGUCCUUUUGGAAGCAGAAAGGCAGGUUGAGGUGGAGGUUGAACAGAGAAUGUGGUGUUAUACUGAGGAGCUACACACAAAAAUGACCAUCAUCCACACACUGGAAGACAGACUGGAUGCCUUGAGUAAAGAGCAAGAUGCAGAAAUGCAGAGGAACACACAAAAGCUGAAACAGGAGUUUGCUGUGGAGCUUGAGGAUGCUCUGAAAGAGGACAGGGAGCGUUUGCAGGCGGAGAUGAAGAGGCUGAGGGAAGAGCUUGAAGAGAAGCAUCAGGCUGAAUUAUAUGCCCUGAGGUCAGACAUUAAGAAAGAGACAGAGAAGGUUGAGCGUGAGGAAUGGCUACACCAAGCCCCGGAGAGGUUUCAAGAAGAAAGAGCGGCAUUGGAGCUGCAUUUGGGCCAGAAAUAUGAAAUUUCUCUGGCAGAGCUAAAGAACAAACAUCAAGCUGAGCUGGAGUAUGAGCGAGCGACUCUACUGAAAAAACACUCCCAAGAGAUGGACACACUCAAUGCCAAACUCAAAGAACAACUAGAUUCACUCAGUGCCAGUCACGGAGAUCAGCUUACAGCUAUUGCCACUGAGCUGGAAUCUAAACACAAUGCUGAGCUUGUUGCCUUGGAAGCGGCCCUCAAUUCCAAACGAAAGGCAGAUCUUGACAGUUUAUUGGCCGUUUUUCAGGAGACCAGUCGAGCUAAGCUUGAGGACUUAGCAGCUGAGUUAAUUCGUAAGCACAAGGAAGAGAUGGACGAACAGGAAAAGAGGAUGCUGGGUAAUAUGGACAUGUUGGAGGCCACAUAUUUGAAGGAAAUACAAACACUGCGUGAUGAAAUGGUGCAACUUGAACAGAGGCACCAUCAUGAACUGAAUUGCCAGCAGUCAGAACAUCAGCAGAUGCUGGAAGACCUGAGGAAAGAACUGGCUCAGGUGCACAUGGAGAAGUUUAGUGCCAUGGCAUCAGAGCUCAGCCAUGUUCGCAAGGUUGAGCUGGCUGUUCAAAAAGAGGCCUUAGACACUGAGCACUGCAAUGCCUUGGAGAGACUUAAGAAGCAGGUUUUGGAGCUAGAGCAAGAGCAUAACACUGUUCUCCAGGAGCUAUCACAGAGCUACACUGCUGAAAAAGAGCAGCUCCUCAAGCAGCACCAACUCCAGCUACAGGAGCUGAGGGGUAUAUCUGCGCGGGAAUUGGAGGCAUGUCGCAGGGAGCUUGAAGAGUCGUCGUCAAGACAACGUCAGCACUUCAUAGAGGAGGUGGAGCUCCUCAAAGUCCAAUCAGAGGAGAGGCUGCAGGACAGGAUUAAUCAACUGAAGAUGGAGUGUGAAGAGCAGAAGGAGAGAGAGCUUGAUGAUCUGAGGCAGAGUUUCACAUCUGAACAAGGGGAGAAGGAGCGCAGCUACACAGCCAAGAUGAGCCAGUUGACGGCCCAGUUACAGCAACUUGAUACUGUGGUGGCACAGGAAGACAAAGACUAUUCAAUUGCAGAGGUUGGUUGUCUGCAGGGUGAGUUAGAAGGGAAGCGUGCAGAGAUGGAGACCCUGGAUACCCUCCUUCAACGAAGGGAACGAGAAAGUCAGGAAGGAGGCAACCUUCUGCAGAUGCUCACUGAUGACUUGCAGACUGCUAAAGAGGAGAAGCAGCGGCUGCACCAGGCCAAUGAAAAACUGAGCAAGGUGCUAAUUGAGAUGGUUCGCUGCACCAUUGCAACAGAAGAGCUGAUUGGACAAAAGAUCAGUGCCAGAACAAAAUCAUUUCAGCAGGCGAUGCAUCACAGGAACUCAACAAGAAACCAAAAUGCACAAGAAUCAGGUAUUUCAGUUACAGACUUGUCAUCAGAGGAUUUAGAGUUGACACAGUUGCUCUGUGAGAGUCUGCUGGUUUCAGAUAGUCAGAUGAGUCCUGGAGGAGAAGAAGCUGCUUUGAAUGCAUGCAGUCGACUGCAUCACACAAUAGACACACUACUUGAGUUGCUCAAUCAGGCCAACACACAGCUGGCGCAGACUCAUGAUGUCCACCUUUCACUGGAGGAAAAGUUCUCUCAGGGCAGAGAAGACACUGCCCAACUCAUUGAGCAGCACAAGCGCUUAUUGGAGCAGCUUGAUCAGGAGGCAAAGCUGAAGAGUCAACUCCAGCUGGAGCUCCACAAGGCAGAGGGGCUCAUAGAGGGCUAUGUGGCUGAGAAAGCAGCCUUAGAGGAGUCUCUGCAGCAGAAGGAAUCACAAGAGGAGAGACUAGUAGAGGAACUGGAGGACCUGAAGGUGAAGCUGCAUCAGAUGCAGGGCCUCACCACUGAGCUGGACAGCCUCAAACAGAAGCAUCAGGAACUUGAUGAGGAGCAUGCAAUUCUCCUGCGUCAGAAGGAACAUCUCUCUGCUGGACUUGGAGAGAGAGAGAAAGUUUUACUUGCGGAAACAGAGUGUUUGGCCAGGGAGAAGUUGGACUUACAGAGGCAGGCAGAGAAGGAUCUCAGCUCUCUGUCUCAGCGCCUAAGGGUCUUGGAGAGAGAGCUGGAAGAGCAAGAAACAAAGGACCUGGAGACAGAGCUGCACUACAAGACCAACACUGAAGACCUCAACCAACAUGUCCAUGCACUAGAGAAACAGCUGAAACACAACCGGCAGUUUAUAGAGGAGCAAGCUGUGGAGCGUGAACAUGAGAGAGAUGAGUUCCAGCAGGAGAUCCGCAGACUGGAGGCCCAACUCAGACUGACAGCCAGUGUGGACAACAAAGGACACACGGUGGAGAGUCUACAGGCGGUCAUCAAAGACAAAACGGAGGAUCAUGCCUCAUUGCUCACAGCCAAUCAGGAAGCCCAGCGUGAUUUAUCAGAACGUAACGAGGAGAUAGACAAGCUGGCUGGGCGGAUCAGAGAGCUUGAGCAAGCGCUGCUCAGCACCGCUGAGCAUAAUCGAUCUAUCGGUCAACUUGAACAAGAGCUCCACAGGGCAAAGUUGAGAGAACAGGAGCUUACACAAGAUAAGCAGGCACUGGAGCAGCAGCAGCUGUCUAACAGGCUUCAGAUUUCCGCCCUGCAGUCCAAACUGGAUGAGACAAGACACUGUUACCAUGACAGUGCGCGUGACCCUACCCAGGAGCUUAGGGAAGCCCUAGACACUGCUCAGCAAAAUCUACAGAGCAAAGAGCAAGAGGCUGAGGUCCUUCUUGGCCAACUGGAAAAUGUGCAGAGAGACUUGAGCAUCAAAGAGGCUGAGCUAAAACAUCUAACAUUACAGCUGGAGCUACUGACCAGUCAAAAUGCAGCUCAUGUUAAUGAGCUCCAAGAGCAGAUUGCUGUCUUGAAGGAGAAUGUGUCUGCUCUGACAAUACUUAAGGAGGAGAAAGAUGAACAAAGCAAGAUGGAGGAAACGGAGGAGGAGACCCUCCCCUCAGCAUUACUCCAGGAGAAAAACCAGGAGAUCGACCACCUCAGCAUUGAGAUCCAAAGGCUGGAACAGGAGCUCGAGAACACUAGGAACAGCAAAGCAUUGGAGGUUGAGCUUGAGGAUCUGCGCUCGCAGGUGGAACAUCUUCAGUCAGAAAUCACAAGAGUACGUCAGGACAAAGAGGAAGAAGAGGAGCGCCUUCAUGAGGUCAUCAGCACACUACAGGCAGAACUCGCCACACUGGGCCCCAAUGUGCAUGAGGUCAGCGACUCUCAGGAUGGUGACAGCAUCAAUCCCUCACCUGCUCCCAGUCCUGAACCCCAACACUAUGCUGUCCAGGAACAAGAGAGGAGGGGAGAACCAAACAGCCUGAAGCAAGAGCUCAGUCUGACUCAUUCCGCCUCUUCUCGGUCCCUUCGAUCUUGUCUCAAAACCCUUCAAAGUCAGCUGGAUACUGUGGUGGCAGAGAAAGAGGCACUAGAGAGAUUACUACUCACCCAGGAGGAAGAGUACAGAGGGCAUGGGGAGGAGUUUGGAAUGAGGUUGAAAACUCAAAGAGAAAGGGCAGAUGAGCUUCAGGGACUCCUUACCCUCAAGGAAGCUGAGCUAGAGGAGGUCAAAACCCAGGCACAAGAGGAGGAGGAGAAGAGAAAACUAUAUGAAGAGGAGAGGGACACCUACAAAAUUCAAGCCCAAGAGACAAGCACCCUGCAUGAGGAGAAAACCCAUCUCAGCUCUCUGGUUAUGGAACUCCAAAAGAAAGAACAGGAGAGGCUGAGAGAGAUUGACGUGCUAAAAACAAAAGAGCAAGAGAUUAAAAUAGAAAUGGAGGUUCUCCGAGAAACUAGUCUCACUCUUGAGAGACAAGUCCAGGAGUUAAGGGCUGAAGUGACAGAUAGGGAGGAACUGGUUUCUGAGGAAAGGGCAAAGAUUAAAACCCUUGAGACAGUGAAGGAAGAGCUUUAUGUUGAACGUGAGGCACUGAGGAGGAGAGAGGUGCAACUGCAGGAGGAAAUUGAAAGGCUCAGGCAGGAAGCUGCUUCAAUGAAAGCCCUUAUCCAGGACCUGACAGUUCAGCUCAGUGAAAAGGAAACCAGUCAAGAGGAGGCUCAGAAGGAGGUGCUGGCACAUGCUGAAGCGGCUCUCGCUAAAGCAGACAUUGCCUUGAGACAGAAGGAGACUGAGCUCAUUCAACUGAGGGAAGAACAUCAGGCCCUGGUGGUGGAGCUGACUGCUGUGAAACAGGGUUUAAGUACCAGCACAGAAAGGGCUGAAAAGCUACAUGAGGAAGGGCAGACCAAAGAACGUGCUCUUGUUGACCUGGAAACUGACAACCAGCGGCUAAAGGCAGAGCUUCGACAUCUACAGGAAGACCUGACUGCACAGGAAGAGGAACUGGCCUAUCAAAAACAAGAACUACAACAACUCAGACAACACUGUCAACAGCAGGACACGCUUGAUCAUCAACACAGAUGCUCACAGAAAGCUAUUUCUCACAGUGCUUUUGAAGAAGCUGUGAGCAUCUCUCAUGAAGAAGCCUCUCUGAGCUCUCCGGAGGUUCUAAGGAAACUCGAAUGUUCCGAGGACAGAAUCCCAGAACGGUUCCACACAUCUGCUCUUGGCUCUCAUCUGUCUGAGCUCAGCGUUCUGAACAACACAGGACUGGAUAUCCCCCAGCUUAAGCAUUCUCCCAGGGUUGUGAUGGAACCUUCACACUCCAGGACCAUCACACCAGAUCCAGCCACACAGAGUACCCACCCCACAGGCUCUUUGUCGGUGUCUGACAACUUCUCCGUGCUCGAUUCUCUAGAUGCAGACAAAGUGCAUGAGUUGGAAGAACUUGACCUAACAGCACCUUCAUCUCCACUUGGCUCCACCUCCUCCUUGUCAGCAGCAGAAUGGGCCAGUGAUGGAUAUGGCAGCAAUGUAAGUUCAGAGUUGGGUGCAAGGCUGAGAGUGGAGCUAGAACAGACUGAAAGGCUGGAUGCUCAGUUUGUCGAGUACCUCCGCUGCCGAGGAAUGAACCCCACAGUUAAUACCGAUAGUGCUGCAGGCAGUAUGAGCUACAGUGAUGACUUGUUAUCACCUGAGCUGCAGGGCCUAUUACAGAAAGUAUAUCAGGAAAGCUGCAGAAUUCUCACUUUGUCCCAACGUCGUGCUACUCCCUCAACUCAACCUCACGUCUCAGACCUAAAAGUUGUCUCACUGAAUCAGAAACAGUAUCAUUCUGGAGAUAGUUCCACACUACCUGACCACAGAAAUGAAUCAUCCUGCAACCCCCCCAUGAGCUGGCAACAGGAAAAGAGAGCACUGCAGGAGACUGUGAUCGCUCUCAGAGAACUGCUCUGUCGAAUGGCACAGAGACAAACACAAACUGAUUACAGAGGUGAUGAUUGGCACAGAGCUUCACUACAAACUGGACAAGUUGAGUCCCAGCUGAAGACAGAGUUGGAAGAGAGCCAGAAACAGCUAAGAUGUGCUUAUGACACACAGCAAGAGCAGAAGAACAGAAUACAGUCACUCAGGCUAGCUGUAGAAGAAGGUGAGGAAACUUUGAGGAGGGAGCAGACCAAAGUUCAGGAGCUUCAACAACAGCUGGAUCAGGAAAGAGCUCUGAGUCUCCGUAAGGACAGAGAGGAAGGGACAAGAAGAGAGGCUGUUCAAUUAUCCUCUGAGCAGCAGAGGUCAGAGGUCAUGGCUCUGAAGGGUCAGGUGGAGCAGGAGAGGGUGGCUUGCAGCAACCUCAGACGUGAGCUUCAGAUUGAGCAGUCCCGCAGUGUGCUGUUGGAGAAGCGGCUGACUGACACCCAGAAAGAACUAGACAAUGAACGUCAACGUUUUGCUCACCAGCACGACCUCAACUUGCAAGAAAAGACUCAUCUUGAGCGCCUCCUGGCUGAAGCAGAAUCUCGUUUGGCUGAAAUUCACUCUAAGCUUGCAGAUGCUCAUGGGAAACUGGAAGAAGAGAGAGCCCGAUGCACCAGGCAGGUAGAUGAGCUCAGUCACAGGUAUGAGGCUGAUGCUGCCAGAGACAGGAAGUUUAUCACCGACAUGCGUGCUCAACUAGAGCAGGAGCGAAAGCAGGGAGAAGAGCUGGCAGCUGUGAUGGACAAACUGCGGGCUGAGCUACUGCAGAGCAGAAGGAAGUGGGAAGAGGAGGACAGAACGAGGAGGGAGGAGCUGCAGAGUGAACAGGAGGCUGCAACUCGACAUCGUGUAGCUCUGGAGACCUUGAAGGAGCAGAAACAGGAAGCUUGCCGUGCUUUAGAGGUGGAGCGGGAACGGUCCAGACUCCAAGUGGUGGAGCUCACAGAGCUGAAGGAGAGACUCCGACAGCUAAAGGACAAAGAGAGAGAGAGGGAGAAGCAGUGGGAGAGAGAGAGGAGGAAGGGGAGGCAAGAGCAGACGGAGAGGGAGAGACAGCAGGAAAGGAUCAGUAACAAACUGCAUGAGUUGGAGUUGUUGAGGCAACAGGACCAGCACCGCAUGCAGGAGCUGCAGCACACUCUAGCAGACUUGGAAAGAGAGGAGAGAGAGAUGGCUGCUCAGAGACUUUCUUGCCAGGCAACACAACAACACAAGGCUGCUGCAUCUUCACAGCAUCUCCAAAGUAACUUCCAGACUGAUGGUGCUCAGGCAGGCAGCACACAGCAAACCCAGCCGGUGCUGUCCAUGUCAUCUCCAUCAAGCCUGCUGGACAGGUUGUUAAAGGAGAACUCUGAGUUGACAGAGCGCAUGACAUCACUGAGUCAAGAGAGAGCCACCCUCAAACACAGACUCACCUUCCUGGAGCGACAGCUACGCCACACAGAGAACGAGCUUGCCAAGGUCACAGAAACGGAAAACGGACCCAUCAGCGAUGUGACCAGUAACGGCAAGGUGCAGCGUAUAUAUGAGCGCUACCUGCGUGCUGAGAGCUUCAGGAAAGCUCUGGUGUACCAGAAGCGUUACCUGCUGCUGCUGUUGGGAGGUUUCCAUGAGUGUGAGCAGGCCACACUGUGUCUUAUUGCCCGUAUGGGGGUACAGCCCUCACCACCAAUCUCGUCUCGGCGUAAACCCCUCGGGCGAUUUCGGGCUGCUGUACGAGUCGUCAUUGCGGUCUCAAGAAUGAGGUUCCUGACCAGGAAAUGGCAGAAGGCAAUCAGAAAGUAUUUUCCGUCUGAGGCUGUCAAUGGGCAUGCUCCAGGAUCUAAAGCUGAAGUUUUAAAGCAGCAACAACCAAAAUCAAAUUCUAAUUUGCCACUAAACAGAGAGACAGUGUCGGCUCUUGUUCCACCCAGCAAAUCACCCUUCAGGUUGCACAACAGGUCGUUCUCCAGCACCACUCUGGCCUCAGGGCUUUCAGGGAGAACUUCUCAGGAUCCAGAAAGAUCCCUAACAGAAUAUAUUCACCAUCUAGAGAAAGUCCAGCAACGGCUGGUAGGAGCCAGGCAAGUAAGCAAGACUCAUUUAACCAUGCCCCCUAAAGACGAAAGGAGGAUACAGUCAGCUUGUUCCCCUGAUAUGAUUGGCUAUCGGCAGCGCUGGCUGCAGGAAAACAGGACGUGGCUGUACCUGAGCUGUUUGUCGCCGCUUUACCUGUAUGGUCCAGGUUCAUCUGUUUUCCAGCCUGACCCAAAGUAAUCCGACCAGCCAGAGAACGAAUAGCUACUGCCUGCAUAUCUUUUAAAAACCGUCCAUGGCUCACACCCAUAAAGAUGCUGUAGAAAGGAAUAUCACAAGUGGUGGGAGAAAAAAAGUUUUUUUUUUUUUUUUUUUGACAUGAAUCAGACACAAGUGUUUUCACGUGGAUCUUGAUCGAAAGCCCCCAAGGUGCAACAAUUGACUGGUGGCCUUCUAUUCACACAAAACUUGAAUUAGUCCCAUUUUUUUUAAGGCUAAGAACCUUGAUUCUUUGUUGUAAUGUGCAAUACCAUUUGUACUGUUUGUAGAAAAGACAAAAACAAGAAAAAGAGGCAUAAAUCUUUAUUGCAAAAUUAUUUUCAUUGCAAGCAUUGUGAUUCACUAAAAUCAUUUUCUACUGUGUAUUUACCUACUCUACCUGCUAGUACCUUCCAGUAGUAAUGUAGCCUUUGUACUGAAAAAUUUUCAUUAUUUUUAGAAAGUUUUGCU